GCCACCCACGACCACGCCAAUGCAGAUCUUCGUCAAGACCGUCACCGGGCAGACCCUCACGCUCGAGGUCAAGGGCACCGACACCGUCGACAAGCAAGGGACGAUCACCGGCACCGCCUCCCAAGACGACCCGCACCAUCUGCCGUCCCUCGUCUUCGCCGGGAAGCAGCUAGAGGAGGAGGACGGCCGGACGCUGGCCGACUACGGCAUUGGCAAGGAGUCGACGCUGCACCACGUGCUCGGCCUCCGCGGCGGCUUCCGGCAACGAAGCUGCUACCCCAAUCACAUCAGCCCCAGCCUCCUAGCGCUUGCGCUCCGCUACAACGAGAACGAGAUGAUCUGCCGCAAGUGCUAUGGACGUCUUCCUCCUGGGGCUACCAACUGCCGCAAGAAGAAGUGUGGCCACAGCAAUGACGCCCAAGAAACGUUUCGAUGGUAGAGCAGGUUUACGAGGGAAAUAGUGACAUGUACCUACAACAAGGCGACCAUAAGGACCGAUUAUAUAUGCUCCCCUCUGCACCAGUGAUCAGCAUCUCCUGCUUUGCUUGGCAUACAUAUAUUCUUGAAGCACCUCCUGCGCUUUUCCUCAUAACACUGAUGUACAACUGCACUCUUUUUUUUGUAAUAUAUCUAG